AUGAAUCCGAGGUAUUCGGAGAUAGCCGGAAGUUAUCAGGAAGAUGAGUACAGCGUCCACUACGUCUGUUUUAUGGAGCAUGGUCAGGACGGCUUGGAGUAUCUGGGCCAAGUGGGCCAGCGUACUCUGGAUCAGGUGCUCAUGCCGCCGGCAACGGCCCCUGAGUCUGUGGCCUCCCAGUCGACAAGCCUGCGGAGUGGGAGCGUCGCGGUGCGCGACGUGGAGACGCAGACCGUCAUCUCCCAGUUUGAGGACCAUGCUGAGGCUGUUGAGUCCAUGGUGUGGGACCCUUCCGGCCUACAGCUGGUGACCUGCGCCACGCUUGGGCAUCGAAUUCUGGUGCACCGAGCAGUGCUGGGAACUGGGCAUGCCUUUACCCUGGACUCGGUGAAGGAUGGGCCGCAGUUGGGCAGCCUUACCUUCCAGCACGUCUUCACACUCUCCCGCGGUGUCACCCCUGCUGUCAUCAGCAACAUCGCGAUUUCCGACGACAGCCAAUUUGUUGCUGUGUCCUCUGCCAAGGGAACCACGCACGUAUUCCGCUUGCCCUCUUUCCACUCGCACCGGCAUCAGCUCUUGGAGACAGGGGCCGUGGUGGUGCCUGGAGUGCCUGGCGUCAACCACAAUCCGGUGAACCUCAGCGUUUGCACGCGCGUGCGGCUGGGCUCUGUCCUACUGCAAGAGGGUCUAAUGCCCCACAGCUCCUUCUUCAUGCCUCGUUCGGGCAGGGGUGGUGCUGCCGGACAGUCGCUGCCCUGGAUCUACGUCGCCACACGGGCGGGCUCCCUCACAGUGUAUUCGCUUCACUCUGCACCUUCAACUGCCAGCCACACUUCUGCAGAUUUGGGCGAAUGCGGCGACGGCGGAGCACCAGAAGAGUGGUCGACCUGCCUGCAGCGCGAGAAUCGCAUUUGUCGGCCACUGCGACACUUCAACGAGCGGCGCCUGUCGGCCCGGGAUGGAGAGACUUCUGCAAGGGCCACAGGGCCUUCAAAAGGCCCUUCUUCCCCACGAGAAGCUCGUGGCAGCCAGCGUGCAAGCCCAAGGCAAGCGGCCGAUCUGAGCCCAGCUACAACCACGCGCUCCACGCGCUCCGACGAGGGUGUCUCGAAGUGGCUGGCCUUUGCGGAGACCGCAACACACCUCCCGAUCCAGAUCCCCUUGUGGCUGUGCCCUCAGCUGCGCAUCUUCGCCUACCCAGAUACCAGCCGCGACGAAUUGAAUGCGUCCCUGCGGGCGGGUCAAAUGGUACCCGGGCGCCGGGAGAUGGAGAUCAGCCGAUCCGAGCACCCCGGCGAGACGGUCCUCUACCACAGCCAGGCUGCUGCAGGAGAUGAGCUGAGGCAGCUGUUUGGCGGUGCCUUGGGGGCAGCGGUGGACGAGGCCUCAGCCGGACCGCAGCUCUCCGUCUCUGGGGGCUGGCCACCCAGACUUGGUUCUUCGGAUUCCCGGGAGGAUGCGGAAGACGACUGGGUGAAGGCGUAG